GCUGAGGAGCUAGCAAACGAUGGAGCACUGGCAGAGGAGAACGAUGAUGGUGAGGCCAUACGAAACGGGAAUGGUUAUGAGAGUUGCUGCAUGGUGUGUAAUGCACGACCUGUGAGUGUCAUAUCAUGCCCAUGCCAUUGCAUUUGUAUGUGCCAACAUUGUGCAGAAAUUGCACGUCGCGAUGCGAGGCGUGGAGAUCACCCUGUCGUCAUGGAGUGCCCCUACUGCAUGCAGAGGACCUAAAAUUUUGAACGCGUUUUCAUACCCCAAGCAAUGAGCCAGGUAUUGACUUCGACUGGCUAUGCCAGAUUUGUGCAGGUGCCGAGAUCACGAACAUGGGGCAAAAUUGUAGACAUGUGUUUUUCUGUGAGCAAUGUGUCCAUCGCUUGGAGGGGCAGAAUGGGCUACCAGCAGGACUUCUCGAGUGUCUAUACUGCAAGCAGUUGGGCACAGCUGGGUCACCAUACGACCUCGAAAUCGUUGACAGAAAAAGUUUCAGACGAAAAAUUAAGAAGGUUGAUGCAGUUGAUUGCCUUAUAUGUAUCGGAGUUAUAUCAAAAAAUUUACAUACGAUUGUUACGUGUGUUCAAAAAUUUUAAUUUAAUUGAAUUAACAUUAGUUUACAUUAAUACACAAGCCUGAUAAUUGUACGAAUGUGUAUUUCAGUUUAAAGAAAAGUAAAAAUGAUACGCCGAUAGAAACAUAAAAUCCUGAAAACAACUGUA